UUAUAUUACAACCGAGGGAUUAGCUAGGCUUCAAGUAAAUGGAAGUCCUUAAUUAAGAUUCACAUCUUAUCAGACCUGCAGGGCUCCACAUAUAUAGGACAUGAAUGCACUAUCUUUGUUUAGAUAUCCUAAUAGUCUAAUAUUCAUCUCGUCAGUCAGAUCAUAACCACUACCAAUAAAAUAUGCACUACAAAGCAAAACAUGACGAUCUGACUUUAUAGCAGCUUGUCCUUGGUACUCCAAUGGCAUCCCCCUCCUAAUGAUUCCCUCCACCACCACCACUUCAAGCCGUGGAAUCUUGCAAUAUAUUCAGAUCAAAAAAUAUUCACACAGCACCCGGCUGAAGCAAAGGCGCAAGCCGCAAAGCAAUGGAUGCUGAUUCGGCGACGAUGGUGGCAGCGACACUAGCCAUCCUUGUCGCGUUCGUCGCUUCGGUCCCCCUGCUGUACCGCCUCCUCUUCACCGGCGCCGGCGACAAGACGACGGGGAAGCCCCUGCCUCCGGGCUCCUUCGGCCUACCCGUCGUCGGGCACACGCUCAGCCUCCUGCGCGCCCUCCGCGCCAACACCGCCGAGGAAUGGCUCCGCCGGCGCGCAGCGGCCUACGGCCCGGUGUCGCGGAUGUCCCUAUUCCGCCGCCCGACGGCCUUCCUCGUCGGCCCCGCCGCCAACAAGUUCCUCUUCACCAGCCCGGCGCUGACCACCGUGAACAGCGAGUCCUUCAGCCGCAUGGUCGGCCGGCGUACGCUCCGCGACGUCGCCGGCGACGACCACGCCCGCGUCCGGGCCAUGAUGGUGCAGUUCCUCAAGCUGGAUGCCAUCAAGAGGCACGUCGCCGCCAUGGACGCCGAGGUCCGGCGCCACCUCGACACGCACUGGAGCGGCCGCGCCGCCGUCGCUGUGAUGCCGUCGAUGAAGUCGCUCACGUUCGACGUGAUGUGCACCGUCCUCUUCAAGCUGGGGAGCGACGCCGCCGUCCGGGAGGAGCUGUCGACGGAGUUCCAGAAGCUUGCGAGGGGGAUCUGGGCGGUGCCGGUCAACGUGCCCUUCAGCACCUUCAGCCGGUGCCUGGCGGCGAGCCGGCGCGGGCGGCGCGCCGUCGCGGCGGUCAUCGAGGAGAGGAGGGACAAGCUACGGCGGGGAGAGAGCUCGCCGACCGACGACGUGGUCACCAACAUGCUCGCCGGCGGCCUCCCCGACGAGGAGAUCACGGACAACAUCAUAUUCCUCAUGAUCGCCGCCCACGACACCACCGCCGCUCUCAUCACCUUCCUCCUCCGGCAGCUCGACGCCAACCAGGACGCCUACGCCAAAGUUCUACAAGAGCAAGUAGAGAUCGCGCAGAGCAAGGCGCCGGGAGAGGCCCUGUCGUGGGACGACCUGACCAGGAUGAAGUACACGUGGGCGGCGGCGAUGGAGACCCUGCGGCUGAUCCCGACGUCGUUCAGCAUCCUGAGGAAGGCGGUGUACGACGUCGAGCACGGCGGCUCCGUCAUCCCCAGAGGGUGGAACGUCAUGAACGCGAUGACCAUGACGCACUGGGAUCCGGCCAUCUUCCCGGACCCUGGCCGGUUCGAUCCGGCGCGAUUCGAGGAGCCGUCCGCGGCGGCGAUACCGCCCUUCAGCUUCGUUCCGUUCGGCGGCGGCGCGCGCUUCUGCCCCGGCAACGAGUUCGCCAGGGUGGAGACGCUGGUGGCCGUGCACCACGUCGUCACGCGCUUCAGGUGGAAGCUCGCCGCUGGCUGCGAUGGAAGCUUCUCAAGGUUCCCGAUGCCGUACCCGUCCCAGGGCCUCCUCAUCAACGUCGAGCCUAUCGACCCUCUCCAUUGAGGUAAAACUUAAAAGGGAGAUGCUUGUGUGUAAACAUGUUCAGGAUUUAUGCUUUCUGCAUUUUAGGCACUUCACAGUCUUGCACUACUGCAUGGAGAAGGAUGGCCGCAGUAAUUUCUUGAAGAACACAUGGUGAACAUAGUUUUACAGAACAUAAAAAUAUGGCUAAGUGUGGGAACCAAUUAAGCAUACUGUACUUUUUACCUGUACGGUUGACUGGACGCGCGCCUCGCCCUGCCUUCUUCUCGCGUCUUGUCGCGGCGGCCUCCUGCUCCAAAUGGCUGUGUCUUCUAGGAUCCUGCUGAGUUCCGGUACACUGCCAUGGUGGAUGGGGAGCUUCCUCGUUCUCAAACUUGUCCGAGGAAGAGGAAUGGAGGUGCGCGCUGCUCCGCUGCCGAUUUGGUGGAAGUCUGGAAGAUCAUGGUGGCGGCUGUCGCUGAUGAGAUCGAAAACAAGGGAGUGGCGGCAGUGGUGCUAGGCUAAGUAGGAGCGGCGUGCUGGCGUGAGUGAGAUGGCUGGCAAUGGGGAUCUUUGGAACAACUUGCCGUUGCUCUGCUUCGGGAAUGGGAAGAAAUGCUAUCUCUGUCCUUAAAUGCUCUCCAAGGGUGCCUAAAAAAUAAAAUCUAGAAACCUAGUUUUUGGUCUUGCCAAAAAUCAUUGUGAGCCAAAAAAGACCUUCCUCUCCAACAGUUCCCAAUAAUUAGUGCUAAAAAAAAUUAAAUCCUGCCACAUCAUCCGUGGCCCAGCGCUUGGUAGUGGAUUCCUGCUCUGUACCGAAUGCAAGUAAAUGGUAAAUGAAUGUCAGACAAGUCCAAGCUCUAACCAUUGCUUCAUUAGUUCAUGUUGCCAUUGUAAUGUAUGUCAAUAUCUAGUCAGCUUUUAGAUCAGUGGCAAUCCUUGCACAUCAGCCUGCUCUAUGCUACUCGAUUAACUCUAUUGGCAGACAAUUCUGUUCUAGAUGACGUACAUGACUGAACUACAAGACCUAGCCGUGGAGAUGAUUAUCCAAGCAAAAUUUCGUACAGUAGUACAGAACCAGAUCCUUUGACCUGGUGACCGCCGAGGGAGGGGUCUGGCAACCUGUGACCAUUGAUGGAUGGGAAGACUUCGAUUCGAUUCAAGGGAGAUGACGCCCUGGAAGAAGGGAAGCCUGCGCCAUGGACGGAGGAAUUGAUGCGUGCGGCAAGACAGAUGGGAGGCGGCGCCGGUGGCCAAAGCGCCUGUACGGAGGGAUGGGCCUCGGCGGCGUGAGGGCACACAACUGUCUAAAUUGUAAUUUUAUUUUUUUAGAGUUUUGAUCAAAAUUAUAGAAAGGAUCAUGUCACCGAAUAAGAUCGAAUAAGAUAUUUUAUGAAAAUAUAUUUAAUGAAGAAAGUAUAAUAAAUAUUAGUGAUUUAUUGUGUAAA